AUGCAAGUAGGAACCUCAGAGACUGUAUGUAUGUUUUCUGCUUGUUUAACUUUAGAGAAAGACGAUUCUGAUCUUAAGGAUCGUCAAUGGAUUGCGGGAAUCAUUGAUGGAGAUGGGAAUUUCUAUGUAUCUAAAAAGGGAUAUGUAGAACUUUCUAUUGUUAUGGAACCUCGAGAUAUUGCUUGUUUAUAUAAAAUUAAACAACGAUAUGGAGGUUCUGUCAAAGCAACUUCACACGCUAAAGCUAUUCGUUACCGACUACACCAUAAGGCGGGUAUUCUACAAGUAAUUAGUGAUGUGAAUAGUUUAAUUAUUAAUCCUGUAAGAUUAGCACAGCUUGAAAAACUUUGUAAAAUCUAUAAUGUAGAUUUUUUACAACCAGUAGAACUUUUAUAUUCUAGUGCAUAUCUUUCAGGGUUAUUUGAUACAGAUGGUAGUAUUUACUAUAACAAAAAAUCAAUGCAAGUUUUUAUUACUGUUUCUCAAAAAAGUCGAUAUUUAUUAGAUCUCAUAGAAUCUGUAUAUGGAGGUAAAGUUUAUUCUGCUAAUAAAGAUAAAACGGCUUUCAAAUGGACAAUCUCUAAAAAAAGUGAAAUUAUCGAUAUUAUUAAUAACUAUUUUCACUGGAAUAGUUGUGUUUCUGCUGAAAACAAGAAAUUUGGUAUGGCAAAACAUUUCUAUUAUUUAUCGUCAAUUGGGGCUCUUUCAGCACCAAUUGAUUCGCCUUUGGGAAAAAAUUUUUUAAGGUUUGAGGAACGGUGGGAAGCUACCAACAAUCUAGACAAGUAG